GUGCAGCCCAUGACUUCCCAUCACUUCAUUCACCAAGCACUCUCCAAUCACCAAGCCCUCUCCAAGCCCCUCGACACCAGUGCGGCAACGACUCUUCUUGUUGCUCAAAUUCCCCAGGACACGACACGCGACAAGACAACCCAGCGAGCAACAUCCGAGAGGGGACGGGAUUCCCAACCAACCCCAGCGGUGAACGAUCGUUGUCACGCAGUGGGCGCACAAUGGAGACGCUUGCCAAGCGCGUCGUGUUCGUGGCGCUCCUCGUCCAGGCCGCUCUGCUACCCAUGCUCUCCAUGGCAGCUGACGCCGAUCCCAUCCAGGACUUCUGCGUCGCAGACGCCUCCAACACGCUCACCAUCAAUGGUCUGGUGUGUAAGACCGCGGCCGACGUGAAGGUGAACGACUUCCUGUUCAGGGGCCUCGACAAGCCCGGCAACACCAACGGCCCCACCGCCAACGCCGUCACGCCCGUGGCCGCCGCUCAGCUCCCCGGCCUCAACACUCUGGGCAUUUCCCUGGCUCGCCUGGACUUUGCCAAGGGCGGCAUCAACGUGCCCCACAUCCACCCUCGCGCCACCGAGGUCCUGGCGCUGCUGCAGGGGGAGCUGUACGUCGGGUUCGUCAGCACCACCAACAACACGUUGUUCGCCACCACGCUAUACGCAGGCGAUGUGUUCGUGUUCCCCAGGGGGCUGGUCCACUUCCAGCUCAAUGUGGGCAAGGGCGCGGCGGUGGCCAUCGCGGCGCUCAGCAGCCAGAACCCGGGAGUGCAGCAAGUGGCGCCGGCGCUGUUCGCAGCCAACCCUCCCAUCAACGACGAGGUGCUGGAGAAGGCGUUCAACUUGAACCAGAAGCAAGUCCAGCACAUCAAGGCCAGCUUCACCACACGGGCUUGAACGUCACCACACAGCGCCGUCCAAUUGCUCUCGUACCUUUGAGCGCAUGAGCAAUCUAGGAAGUAGCGCAUUGCAAUGCCUCGGAUUCGUCCCAAACCGUCUGCAUGCGCAGCUGGCAUGGCAUGGAGGCCGUGAGUCUGAGCACCACAACAACACGAAGCAUAUUUACGCCCUUUUAGUUGUAGUUCAAGUUGUAGUGAGUGGAUGAGUAGGCUAGGUUUGCCCCAGAGUCGACGAUUGUCGCUGCGAAUUGAGCUGUCGGCGUGGUUCCAUAGCCUAGCCUAGUGUAGCGUGCAUUUAUUGUGAGGCGACAUUGUGUCUCGCUUUCACGCCCUCCAUCAAUCAAAAUUCUAUUCAACCAAGUGUUGUCAUCACACUUGGGAUCGCAUUCCUGCCUUC